GUCUCACUUCCGGUGGGCGGGUAGCACCUGGGAGAUGCUAGGAUAGAUAGGGCAGUGGGAAAUUUCCGCUGGUGAGCGCUCCCUCCGCAGUCACCCUUCACAAAGGUUUUGAGACUCUCGUGGCUUUCUAGAUCGACAGCUGCGUCCCUGGUCUUUAAAAAGAGGGAAAGACCUUAAUAUCUGAUUUAAAGUCGCUGUCGGCAAAAGUGGGGGGGGGGCGUGAUCGGAAACCAGGAUGUAAUACUCGGAGCGGCGGAGCUGAUGAUGCGCUACUGUGUUCAGUUAACCAAAAGGCACACACACAGCAUUUUGUUUGAUUCUCUCUGCAACGUGUCACUGUCAUCCAGUGCGGUAUUUCCCUGAACAUCCGCCGAGGACGGGAGCCUGGGGUGUUGGAGGCAAAGAGGCCGCUUCUAAUUAGGCAAAACUCGAGAAAUCAUGAAGGGCUCCACGCGUUUCCUUACGCGGCUUGACCUGAACGGCGCGAUUUCUCUGGAUGCCUGGUGGUCCGACCCUAUACUGUGCGUAGCUACUCAUUGUGAAGACACUGCUGUCUGCAAUUUGGAAAGAAAACCUACCGUUUUCAGCAUCUUGAAGAACUAAGCAAGAAAAAAAAAUGCCUGUUUUUCCUAAAAUAUCUUUAAGACCUGAAGUUGAGAAGUAUCUUAAAGACGGCUUUAUGAAUAAGGAGGUUGUAAAUACUUUAGGCAAAGCAGCAGCAGAAAGGAAGUUUGAAACUCUGUUGAAACAUCUGUCACACCCUCCCUCAUUCACAACUGUUAGAGUAAAUACACAUUUAACCUCAGUUCAGCAUGUGAAAACUCUGUUGCUUGAUGAAUUUCAGAAGCAGUUUAAUGGAUUAAGUGUUCCUGUUCUUCAGCAUCCGGACCUUGAGGAUGUCUUACUUAUUCCUGUGAUUGGACCUAGAAAGAACAUAAAAAAGCAGCAGUGUGAAGCUGUUGUGGGGGCGCAGUGUGGCAAUGCAGUGUUGCGAGGAGCCCACGUGUAUGUUCCAGGAAUUGUGUCAGCUUCGAGCUUUAUGAAAGCUGGAGAUGUUAUUUCUGUGUACUCCGAUAUUAAAGGGAAAUGUAAGAAAGGAGCCAGAGAGUUUGAUGGAACAAAAGUGUUUCUUGGAAAUGGAAUUUCUGCACGAAGCCGCAAAGAAAUCUUCAGUGGCCUAUGCGAACUGAAAGGUAUAGGUAUAAGAAUGACAGAACCAAUAUAUCUGAGCCCAUCAUUUGACAAUGUACUGCCCGGUUACUUAUUUUUACAGAAUUUACCAUCUGCUGUAGUAGCUCACGUUCUACAUCCUCAGCCCGGAGAGAGGGUUCUAGAUUUGUGUGCAGCACCUGGAGGUAAAGCAACACAUAUUGCAGCACUGAUGCACGAUCAGGGAGAAGUAAUAGCACUGGAUAAAAUACCCAACAAAGUGGAAAAAAUAAAGCAGAAUGCUUUGUUGUUAGGACUGAAUUCCAUCAAAGCAUUUUGCUUUGAUGGAACAAAGGCACAUAAACAUGAUAUGACUGAGGACACACAAGAAGGACCUCCAUUCUCACCAGAAUCUUUUGACCGAAUUCUCCUUGAUGCACCCUGCAGUGGAAUGGGACAGAGACCAAACAUGGCUUGUACUUGGACUUUGAAGGAAGUGAUGUCAUAUCAGCCACUACAGCGAAAACUCUUUUCUGUGGGUCAGGAGGAAGGCUGCUGUAAGGGGACAUGGAGCAAAGGUGACCUGCGAAAGGAGUACGCAGUGUGGGGAAGGAGUGUCCCAGAGUUCCAGCCGGGCGAAAGAUCCCGAGGUGGGGCGAGCCUUGCCGAGUUCCAGAGACAGCCGGAGGCCAGUGGCUCUAAAGCAGGACACGAGGCAGCCCAGCUGCUGAAGCCAGGAGGCAUGCUCGUUUAUAGCACGUGCACUAUCACCCUGGCAGAAAAUGAAGAGCAGGUUGCCUGGGCCCUCAGCACAUUUCCUUGCCUCCAGCUUCAGCCCCAGGAGCCACGGAUUGGAGAAGAAGGGAUGAUGGGAGCUGGCUUAUCACUUGAACAGUUGAGACAGCUGCAGCGAUUCGAUCCAUCUGCUGUGCCAUUACAGGACCCUGACCAGGAUGCUCUUAGAGAUGCCACAGCAGAAGACAUGAUCCGGCUGGCAAAUAAGGAUUGUAUAGGUUUUUUUAUUGCAAAAUUUCUAAAAUGGAAAAGCACAUCAGAGAAGGAUCCUCAGAAAUGAAAAUUCCACAUCCUUGCUUUCUGUUCUAUUCCCCUCAUAUCUCUUAAACCAGAGUGACAUCAGGCCACCUAAGGAUAGUAUGGUUGCCAAGGAAACAGGAGAUGGCCGGUGGUUUCACCAGGACUGCCAGUGGUUUCAUCAAGACAGAGAAUUGUGUGUAUGGGUGGGGGUUGUGAAAUUAUGUUCUGGAUUGAAAAAAUGUUUUCUAGGAUUCAGUAGUGUAUAUAAAGCAAGUGUAUAAAGCAAAGGAGCUACUUAUGGAUGCCUGUAACAUUUUCAUUUGGGGUCUUGUUUUAAUUAAUAAAGAAUAAUACUAAAAAUUAGUAUUUAA